UUGGUGACACCCCCUCCGACGAUCCCCGCAGAAUGGAUCGGAUCUGUGGAUUCAGCAUAAUGGAUCGGACUUCGAUCCAUUAUGCUCCCCAAUCUGCAGAUCCAAUCCAUCCUGAGGGGAUCGUCGGCUUUCUUUACAACUUACCUUUUCGUGGAGCGGGUCCGGUGUCACCCCGUGCGGUAGGUGUCACCGGUGUGUCGCGAACCCCCCCCCCCACACCUGCCUCAAGACACCACUGCUGACAGGUCCUCUUUA